AUGGCGGCGUCUCGGCGUCCCAAAUUUCCUUCUUCUGCUAGCUUAUACAGGCGUUCUCAUUUAGAUAGCCUGCACAUAUCGUAUGAUCGUGCAACUGAUCGUGCUGAUGAUGAAACCGACCCGCCACAGGCCCAGCAUCUGUACCAGUGGUUUUUCAAGCGUAUUGGCCAGAUCAAACCCGAGUCGUAUGAAGUUGAACCGAGCAACACUAUCUGGUGGCAAGAAUUAGAUUUAUAUGUCUCUAACAAGCAAACUGGAUUAGCCACAGGAAAACUUGUUGGCUUUGACAAAACAUCCUGCAGCAGACUUCAGGACAUUUUUCGCAGCAGAGCCAAGGGCCGUGCUUCUGACGAAAGUGAUAACAGUUUUCUGAAGGGAUUGCUCAACACUCUUUCGGAUGCCAGGAGCAGUGCAGUUGCAAGUCGAGGUGUUUCAUUCAAUAGAGACAAGUACGAGAGUCUUGGGAAAGUCAUUAGGUUCAUGGAAAAUCUAAAUAUGAUGAUUCGCAAAAUGGUCGUGGAUAGUAGUGAGGCUCCAAAUGAAGCAGCAUUUGUAAAUCUCUUUGAACGCUUUGCAUAUUUGUGUGAACUGGACAUAAGUCCUGGUUAUGUGAAAACUCGAAAAAUGAAUGUGUUGGGAACUCAAGUGACAUCAUCGCCAGAUGUUCAAUUUGGAAAGAUAUAUGAAGAAAAUGGAUUUCUGGUUAUCACAGUCGGCGAGUUUAAACCAGGGCAGAAGGAUGAAUUUGAAGACUCUGAGUCUGAGGGAUGCAAACCACCGCUUCGAACACGGAAGCGUAAGGUCACUGAUGAGGAACAAGAUGAAGUGGAGGAGAGAUCAAAAAAAUCCAAAGUAAAUGAUGAAGGAGAAGAAUCUAUCAAAGGCUAUGGAAGCAAGCUUCAAGGACAGCAUGGUGCUGAGCUAUUGCUUGAGCUACCCUUUACGGCCUUGCGCGAGUUUGGGCACCUGGACCGUGUGUUCGGAUUUGUCGUUCAAGCCACAAUGGUACGACUUACUUGCCUUAGGAUGACAAAGGAACAUCUUGAGAGGAUACAGAGGAAUGAAGACUUGGAAGUUACUGACAAUGCAAUAAUCUAUUACACCAAGUCAUAUGACUAUUUGAAUCGACCUGAGCGGGAAGAAUUGGAGCGUGUGUUGCUCACGUUGUCAUAUUUGGCUCGCAUCUGAAUAAACCCCUCUAAUAUGGCCUUAUUCUUGUUGGCUCAGGGAAGUCUAUACAAUACCGCAGUGUCCGUCGUCCGUCCUAGUAUCCUGUGACACGAAACCGCUGGGGCUAUGAACUUGAAACUUUGUUGUCAAUUCUGAUAAUUGCUUAACUACUUGUCCGAUUGUCACCAAAUUGAUCAACAUGGGAACAUCUUACCACCAUGCAGUAUUACUUGCACAUGGGUUUUUGAUUUUACCUAUUUUUCAGGGCCAAAGCUGUUAAAUUUCAUGAUUGAAACUUCCAUUUCGCUAUUAAACUGUAUACUAACUAGCAUAAAUUGAUUGUCUACGGUGAGCACAAUGGCCCCGUUUCAUUGUUAGAGAGCGCCGGACCGCUUCAUGGAUGAGAAACUGCAAUGGAUUUUUUAAGUUAUAAGUACAAUUUAGCCUUGAUUGAGACUUAAUACACUAGAAACUGCAAUGGACUUUUGAGAUCACCUCUCAGCAGAGGGAUUGCUCUUCGGGAAACACCAAUGAAAGAUUAUAUUUUGCGCUGGUUAUUUUUGCGGUCAACUGCCACCCACAAAAUCUGCAAAAUUAAAGAGCCUGCAAAAAUUUUAGGGUUACAGUAAUGCUGGUUUCUAUUCAAAGUAUUGGAGAAUUUAUGCAACAGUGGCGUUUUCAUGCCCUACCUAAGAUUCAUGUGUUUGAUUGGAAACUGUUUGGUCACCUUAUUUUAAAGACAUUGAGCACUUUGCCAGUCAUUUGUGGCUCAAAUUUCUUGAGAACAUUAGAGAAAUACUCCAGAUUUUAUGUUAGCAUUUUCGUUUCAGACACACAACAGGUCAAAACAUGAAGUUAUGGGCUCAUUUUGGGGCUGAGUCGGUGAAAUGAAUGAGAAUGCGAAGGCAGCACCUCCCGGGGGUACGUCGCGUCAUGCAUGCAACACUCGACGUUGGAUUGGCUUUUAUUGUAUUGAUGAAAUUUGUUGUUUAUUGAAUAAUUCCUAAAGCAUGUAACAAUGAACUGAAUAAAGCUGGAUGUAUUCGAGAACAUUUCUGUUUACAGUAUGAUGGCAACAGGGAGCUUCAGAAUCAAAGAGUGGUCAGCUUUGUCUUAUCACUGAAGGUUUUUAGCUCAGCUGACAAAGUCAGCUGAGCUUGUCAAACAAGCUGCUCAGUGGCGUCCGAGGGUCCGUCUGUCCGUCCGUCCGUCCGUCCGUCCGUCCGUCUGUCCGUCCGUCCGUCCGUCCGUCCGUCCGUUCGUUAAACCCAUGGUGCACAUUUUGUAACCGUAAGACCUAGAGACUUCAAUUUUGCAUUUCUGGAUACUUCUGGUCAAACUCUACUUUCAAAACAAAAUUUGUCGCCAUUCGACCUACUUCCUGCGAGCGAGAGCGCAUGAAGGAAACUGGCCUAUAUCGGCCUAGGAGCAGCAGAAUUAGUCGAAAUAUGCUUUAAUAUUAAGAUAAAAUUCUUGAAAAACUAUUUUAUUGAGAAAAAGUUCAAAAUUUUAACAGGAGAGGGCGCUACCUGCCUUUUAAUUAUUUCUGCUGAUUCAAAUUCCCGCCCGAUGACGUCAGCCAUCAAUGAAGUCUCCUAUUUGCCAGUUCUCAAAACAUGGCAGCUACACAAAAAAGCAGCAGUAGCUCCAGGAAUAAAUCACUGUUCACUUCAGCUUCGUAAUCGAUUGUGUAAUGUUCUG